GGGUCUCCAUACUUUCCAAACAAAGGGCCACUUUACUGUCCUUCAGACAGUGAGGGGACCGGACUGUGGCCAGUGGGAGUGGAAAAUGCACUGAGAGUAAAAAAUGCCCCAUCAUUGGUGUCAGUGGGAGGAAUAGUGCCCCAUCAUUGGUGUCAGUGGGAGGAAUAGUGCCCCAUCAUUGGUGUCAGUGGGGGGAAUAGUGCCCCAUCAUUGGUGUCAGUGGGAGGAAUAGUGCCCCAUCAUUGGUGUCAGUGGGAGGAAUAGUGCCCCAUCAUUGGUGUCAGUGGGAGGAAUAGUGCCCCAUCAUUGGUGUCAGUGGGAGGAAUAGUGCCCCAUCAUUGGUGUCAGUGGGAGGAAUAAUGCCCCAUCAUUGGUAUCAGUGGGAGGAAUAG